UCUUGAUUCUAAGCACCUACAUUUCCUUUCCUUCAUCCCUUUUUUCUCCAUUCUUUUAAUUUCGAUUCACACUUCCUAAACCUUUGACUUUGAUGAGUCUAUCCUCCGUCUUCACGCUAGCCUUGGUUUUAAAAAAGUUUACUAGAAAAGCCGCGCUGAGAAAACAAGCCCAACGAUCAGCGUCAUUAAAAACCAAACUAUCUGCCACUUCUGAUAUCGAACAGACUCUAAAAUUACAGUCAUCCAGCUCAUCGACCACUCGUGCGUCCGCUCCAACACGAUACAGUGAGUCGGAAACAUCAUUACAGAGUGAACAACAGAAAGAUGAAUUAGACACGACGGUAGCAAAGCCCAUUGAAAUACCGCCAUUAUCAACCACUGAGGAAGAACAACUUGAAGACCUUGGGCCUGAAGAUCCGUCUGGAAAGUCUUGGAGUGCGUCGCUGGCGGCCGCUUCGCUGUUCUGUGCAUGUCGCGUUGCAUUCGCCCUGCGUUUCAAUGGAUAGGAUUCAAGUUCUGAUGAAUCAAAUACAAAAGGGAUUCAAAAUGUAGUUGUCAUCCGUGACUACGCUUACGCAUCCUCCCACCCUAUGCAUCGAGGCAUCCCUAUAUCCCCCAUAAUAGAAUCAACUCGGCCCACUUCCGAAAUAUCCUUGUCUUCGUCCGAAUUCACUGGCCGGCAAGCAAAGGCUCUUUAUGAUUUUGAGCCAGAAUCCGCAUCAGAAUGUGCACUGCGGACUGGGGAUAUCAUUUGGGUGCAAUAUAGACAAUGUCAGGGUUGGCUAGUCGCUGAUG